CAGCACCGAAGCUGUCAAAACACAGAUUUGUGAGCCUUUCUGUCUGAAACAGUGUCGAAAUCCAACAAAAUCAUACACUUUUCAGAGCUUUGUGCAAAGUCCGAUAGGUGACGCUACUGAGAAACUUGGCAGCAAGGGAAGAGGGAGAAUAUGUUUGGAAGAGAAGAAGGAAAAAAUCAAAACAUUUUUCGUAGCGUCUUUUGCAUGUUUGUGGUUCGCAGCUUCGUGGCGUCUUUCGCAGCAUUUUAGCAACCUUGUACGCAUUUGUGUUGAUAUUUAAGUUAGUUUUCUUUAUGAAAAUGGACUCAAAUGAGAAAAAACUCUCGGUUAUAAACAAAUUGUGUGGCAAAAAUCGCCAUUUGCAGGCUCUGCGUAAGUCUGGCGUUUUAUACCGAAGAGCCGCAAAACUGUUAAAGCAGUAUAAAGAAUCGGUGGAAGAUAUUGUGAAUGUGGUAUCGCCAUCAGAACUACAAGCAGCGUCGACUUCACCGGAGCUGUUCGAUGGCGAGAAUACCGAUAUGGCAUCAUCAGUUGAUCCCGAACUCAUGCUUUUUCAAGAAACUCAGGAUUUGGAACUGAACCUAAGUGAAUCGGAAGAUGAAGCAUCGAUGGACGACGAUCAGGACAUAGCAUCUGAGGACGAUGAAAACGAUCCUGACUACACCAAAAUGACAAGCGAAGAGGGCUUACGGUAUUGGGCGCUAGCUCGAUCAGAAUCGCACGCAUCUUUAAAAAGUUUGUUAAAAUAUCUUCGAGCCAACACAGAUCUCCGUGUGCCUAAAGAUCCAAGGACAUUGCUGCGGACACGACGAAAUCCUGCUAUCCUUUCGUCCAUAGGAAAUGGCAAAUUUUGGUAUAAUGGAAUACGCCACUGCUUGACAAGUGAAAUGCGAAAACAUACUGCAGUGCCAUAG